AUGCCGACGCUGUCUCGGAGUCAGAGUGCCAACACCCUCUCCCUCCCUAAUGAGGAGGGGCCACCCCGCGCCACCGCCCCUAAGGAGGAGCCGCUCUCGCUGCUAUCACCCGCACGGAGGAGGAGCCACCCUCACCACUGUCACCCCCACAGAGGAGGAGCCACCCUCACUGUUGUCACUCCCAUGAAGGAGGAGCCGCCCCGCGCCGCUGUCACUCCCAUGAAGGAGGAGCCGCCCCGCUCCGCCGCCUCCCCCGAGAAGGAGGAGCCACCCUGUGCUGCUGCCGUCCCUGAGGAGGAGCCACCCUUGCCGUCAUCACCGCCACAGAGGUGGAGCCACCCGCCGCCCUCAAUGCCGAUGCUGAGGACCACCUCACCAUGGUGA